AUGGAAAAGUAUACGAAAGAAAGAAAAGUUGGUGAAGGUACUUAUGCCGAAGUGUAUGUGGGUCGAGACCAAGAAAACGGAAGGCUGAUAGCCAUUAAAGCUUUGAAGGUUACUGGUUUUAAAGAAGGGCUAGACAUGUCGGCGAUUCGAGAAAUCAAGUUUCUUCAAGAAAUACGACACCGCAAUGUUAUUGAGCUGAUAGACGUUUUUGCAACUGUGAACAGUAUUAGUUUAGUUUUAGAAUAUCUUCCUGCUGAUUUGGAGAUGCUGAUAAAAGAUAAAUCUUUAAUUUUUAAGCCUGCAGAUGUUAAAUCGUGGCUUUUAAUGACACUUAGAGGUUUGCACCAUUGCCAUCGAUCAUUUGUUUUACAUCGUGACUUGAAGCCAAAUAACUUAUUAGUGGCUCCAGAUGGUCAAAUAAAACUAGCAGAUUUUGGUUUGGCUCGCGCUAUGGCUGUUCCUCGUGAAGCCAUGACACCAUUAGUUGUCACUCGCUGGUAUCGAGCCCCUGAGCUAUGUCUGGGCGCAAGAUUUUACACUGGUGCUAUAGAUAUCUGGUCUGUUGGUGCAAUUUUUGCAGAAUUAAUGCUUAGAACUCCUUAUCUUCCAGGAGAAGAUGAUGCAAAACAAGCUAUUCUCACUUUUAAAGCACUUGGAACUCCCACGGAACAAACAUGGCCAGGAAUCACACAGCUUGAUGGUUAUAAAAGUUUGGAGCCAUCUAUUGAAAAAUUUCCUGCACCAAGAAGAGCAGAUUUACAGCAUUUAUUUCUUGCUGCUUCUGACACAGCUUUAGAUUUACUCCAAGGCAUGCUCACUUUAUGCCCCUCUAAGCGACUGAAUACUAAACAAGCGCUUAAAUCACCUUACUUUGUAGAACUUCCCAGAGCAACCAAGCCUGAAGAUUUACCAAGAAAAGCGCCAUCAGCUGUAGAAAGUGAGGGUGAUAGCGAAGAACGAAAGCGUAGGGAAGAAAUGAGACAAAAUAUGAUUAAUCAAACUCGUGAAAGAAGAAUGCAACCACAAGUUAAAAGCGUGGUUAAUUAA